CAGCAGCCCCAGGAAGGGCUGAGAGCCUCACCUGCCCUCCAGGUUCCAGCACAGCAGUUUAAAACGUCAAAGGUCUGUGCAAAGAGCUGAGAGAGCUGUGAGUGAACUCAAACCACGGCUGGGGAGGAAAUUCGGCCUUCAGCUGAAAUAAGCUAUCUCCAAAAGACUGGUUUCACUUUCACACUCUGCUACAGUAAAAAGGCUGAUUUACGGGAAUUCGCUGAUCCUGUUGAAGGUGAAGCCGCACCCAGUUAAGAGUCAGGGCUGCACAAAGAGGGGCUGUGCUGGGCUUCUCCCAUCCCAGGAGCUGCGGGACACCGAGGGAGAAGUGGAGGAGAAGAGUUGGCCUCCAGUGCUCCCUGGAAUGAAUCCUCACUGCUCAUGGUUUACCCUCUCCUGUCUGCUCAUCUUCUUUACAAUUUUUGGACUUUGCUUCCUGGUGUUCUUCCUCCUGAUCUCUUGAGGUGCUUCCCUUCAUCUUCUCCACACCCUGCUGUGAGCCCCAGGCCUGCCACUGCCGCUGUGCUGUGUCCUGUGAUCUGAGGCCCUCGGCUGCCGGUAUCUGCUGGGAAGCCAAGGCUGGGAGCAAUAGGAGCAUCUGCUGUGAGACAUGGCUUCGCAGCAGGACACACAAGAGAGGGAUGCAAAGGCACAGCUCCUGGCAGAGGAAUUAGAGAAGGAAGGUCUGGAUGCCGGAUACUGGCUGCCCAAGAUGAUGCAGAUCCUGGGAAUCAAGAGCAGAGAAGCCCUGCAACAUCUGGAAUAUACAGACUACAUCAGGUUGGUGUGUGAAGUGCGGCACCAAUGGGAGAAAAAGGCACUCCAGAAACUCCUGAACAUGAGAGACAAAGUGCCCUCCAUCAAUGUGGAACGGAUCUUCCAUGCUGAGCAACCCCUUCGCACAUCUGCCAAAAUCACUCACCUUGAAGGGCUCAUCAAAACCCUGCAGCAAAUGAAGGAGCACAUCAAUGCUUUCACUGACGCAUUAGGAAGCUCUGCUUCUGCUGUUCAUGAAGGAAAGAAAAAAGCCACCCUGACCCCCAACCUCGCUAUUUCUGCCUUACUCCAGUCUGUGCUGGAACGAAUUCAGAAGGAGGUGGAACUGUUGGUGCUCUUGAUUGCAGCCAGCACAGGGUACCAGGUGGAAAGCAGCACUUUCCAGCACCUCCUUGGACACCCAGAAAUUCAGUACAUGGCCAAGGAAAUGGAAGAGGCACAUGAGGAGUACAUGAACCUGAAGGAGCAAGAUGCCGACAGAGCUGAGGCCUCCCUUCUGCUGACGGGUCUGACUGUGACACCAGAAAGUCAAGAGCUGUCCCCUGAGCAGAAGAGGGAGCGUUUAGUUUUCAUGGAAGAUCACAUGAAAGGCUCAUGGUUUACACAGAUAAAGAAUCUCCUUCAAAAACACAGAGAGGGCACAGACUCGGAGAUGCUGGAACGGGACUUGCAUUCCUUGAUCAGUGGGAGCUUAGAUGACAAAUGGGAUGAAGAGAGGAUGCAGAAAAUACUCAGAGACCUGGAAGACACUUUUGCAACAAAUGAGCCCCCCAGUCAAGCCAAGUCGAAGGCAAACGGCAGCGAAUCCAAAGCAAAUGAAGCCACUGCAAACCCGAAGUUCCUCCAGUUGCUCAAGCGCGUUGGACUCGAAAGUCACUAUCCAAGAAAAAUGGGGAUGGGAGAUUUCCACACCAUCAACAAGACAUCUCUGCAGGACAGCCAGCCCAGCCAGGACACAGAACUGCCAGGUUACUUCUUGCAAAGGCUGUUAACUGUGGAUUACCAGGUGAGGUACCUGACUAGGUGGGACGAAAGCAACCCAGGACUUGCCUCUGUGCCAGAAAAUGCAGAGCAAGAGGAUGAGCCAUCAGACUCCUUUGAAAACUUUCUUGAUGAUUUGAAGGAAGCAGCCCCUGCAUGUGCAAACAGGGAUGGCCAUGUGCACCCCAUGGACCUGCAGAUGGCCAUUUUCCAUUGUGCUGAUGACUUCCUGAGACAGACCCUUGCAACCAAGCUGGCGUUCUGCCAACUGGCCCUGCCUCUGCUGGUGCCCAACCCGUGCACUUCACACAUUGAGUUCCUGCUCUACGCCCUCAGCCAAAUCCAAAGGAGCUGGAAAGAGGUGGAAAAGUCAGGAAAGCAGGCCGGAACAAAGAGUUACAACAACAAACUCAUCUUUCAGGCACAGACACCCAUCGUGUCCUUCUUCCGCAUUGGCAGCUCGGCCUCCUCUUCCAAGUCUCAGCUCCUGAACGCUCUGCUGAGCAGACGCAAACACGACACUUUCUUCCACCGCCACUGCAGAGGCAGCACCAGGGAGCGUUUGCUGAUGGAAGGGGUGGUGGAGAUCGCCUGGUACUGCCCCCGUGGAAGCCCCGAUGACACCUUUGAGUGCUGCGUGGCUUUCUGUAACCUGCAUGGAGACGCCAGGGAUCACGGAGCACAGCUGCAGUUCCUGCAGGAGAUAUCUGCUGUCAACGUGGCUCUUGUGUCCGAUUUAGAACACUUGGACAGCAGGGGGAAAGAACUUCUGCAGGGCCUGUGGCAAUCACAAAGUCCUUUGAUUUGUCUUCUCAUGGAUAAGGAGAAAGUUGCAGCUGGCAGACACAGUAGAACUAUAACAAUAGGGAUCAAGAACAGAAAUGAAGCAGAACUGAUGGAACAGCUGACCAAGACAAUUGGGAAUCUUCUGGAAGGGUCUGAUCCACGUUUCAGCCUGGAUGCUUGUGUGGACAAAGCUCGCCAGCACGGAUUCAUAGUGGAUGCAGAUCAACAGGCGUGUGUGACAGCCAAAGCAAAGGCAAAGGAGCUGGUGAACCUUCUGAAGAAAGAGAAGCUGUCUGAGAUCAAAUCCCAGCUGCUGCCACUUCAAGGAAAACUGUGGAACCAGUGGUGCAAAAAGGACAAAGAACUCACUCGCUUGCAGGAGAAGGGGGACAAGAGCAUUGAGCACCAUCGCAGCCAAAUUGAAUAUGAGAAGAAAGCACUAAGAAGAAAGCAACUGGAGCAAGCUUUCCCUCUCAACCCACUGAUGAAAUCAUUCCUUGGCUUUCUCCAUGCACAGGCAGCAGAUACCAAGAAAUACUUCCUGCAGUGGAUGAAGGUCUUGAUGGAUGAGCUGUCCUGCGGUCACCUUGGAGAACUGAGGAGAGACUAUCAUAAGUUAUGGUCUGAAAUCCAGGCAGGAAAGAAAAGCCAGGAAAAUACCAGGGUGAAUGCUGAGUUGCAGAAUCAACUGGAUUCCGUCUCUGAAGAACUCAGAGAUUCAUCCAUUGGUCUGGAGCACCUUCUGAGAGAGGUAGGACAGAUUUAUGAAGCUCUGGAACUAAUGAACUCCAAAACUGAGAGUUUUGUAAAACUGCCAGAAAUUGCAGCAGAGCUGAUGGUUUUGGGUUAUCCCGUGGAGCUGAUGGAUGGGGAUGCUUCUUACCUGCCCUUGCGCUGGGUGGGAGCAAUCUUUGACAGCUUAAUUGAGAGGCUGGGGGACAAACGAGUGUUUGUGCUCUCUGUGCUUGGCAUCCAGAGCACGGGCAAGUCCACCCUGCUGAAUGCCAUGUUUGGUCUGCAGUUCAACGUCAGCGCAGGGAGAUGCACCCGCGGAGCCUUUAUGCAGCUCAUCCCAGUGGGCAAGGAGCUGCAGCAAGACCUGGGCUUUGAUUUUGUGCUGGUGGUUGACACAGAGGGACUUCGUGCUAUUGAAGUGGCCAAUAAACAGUCCCUGAGCCAUGACAAUGAGCUGGCCACCUUUGUCAUUGGUGUUGGCAACAUGACUGUGAUCAAUGUCUUUGGAGAAAACCCAUCCGAAAUGCAAGAUGUUCUCCAGAUUGCUGUGCAAGCUUUCCUGAGGAUGAAGAAAGUCAAUCUUUCCCCAAGCUGCCUCUUUGUCCACCAAAACGUGGGAGAAGCAACUGCCAAAGAGCAGAACAUGGAAGGACAAAGGCGUUUGCAGGAAAAGCUGGAUGAAAUGACCGUGGUAGCAGCUCAGCAGGAAUACUGUGACAUCUCCUCCUUCAGCGAUGUCAUUGGCUUUGAUGUGAAGACCCACAUUCAGUAUUUUGCUCACCUGUGGGAAGGAAACCCCCCCAUGGCACCACCCAACCCCACCUACAGCCAGAACGUCCAGCAGCUCAAGAGCAAAAUCCUCCAGGCUGCCAAGAAGCAGUCACAGCGCAGCAUUUUGAGGCUGUCGAGCCUGAAAGAUCGUAUUGGUGACCUCUGGAAUGCUUUGCUGAAUGAAAACUUUGUUUUCAGCUUCAAGAAUUCCCUGGAGAUUGCUGCCUACAGGAAACUGGAAAGUGCCUUUAGUCAGUGGACCUGGAGGCUGAGGAGUCACAUCUUAGACGUACAGAUGAGACUGGACAACAAAAUUCGGAAUGGGGACUUGCAGAAUGUCCCCCGAGAAGAGCUUGAAGGGCUGGUGAAAGAGACAAGUGAUGCCAUUGAGAAAGAAGUGGAAAAGUAUUUCAGGGAAGACAAAGACUGUGAGAUACUUGUGCAGUGGAAAUCAAGCACAGAGCUGAAGCUGAAAGAACUAAAAGAGACUCUUCUUCAUGAAACGAAAAAGAAAUGUGAGACUCUUAUUGAGCUACAGAAGGAGCAGAAGAAACUGGAUGCAAAGAAGUUGGAAUAUGAAGAUGAGCUCCUGAGAAGGAGUAGGGAGCUGGCUGUGACUCUGAAAGGGAAGAGCCUCAGUGAGAGAGAACUGAGAGACCACUUUGUUUCUGUCAUGAACCAGUGGAUUGCUGAAGUCUCCCGUGCUUCUUGUCCUCCAGAACGGGUGGAUAUCGAUACAGAAAUUGAAGAUGUCCUUCUUGAGCACUUUAAGGAGCCGGGUUUCCAUGAACGGAUCAGGUCAUUUCCCAAAGGUAGAAGAUUUUCUUUUGACAAAAAGAAACAUGUAAUGAAAAAAAAGCAUUUUGGUAUCACCACUAGGAAGAUUUCUGAAGCUGAUGUGAUCAACUUGAAGGACAUCACAGACAAGAUCAUAGCGCGUGUGAUAGCAAAUAUUGAUAAAAAAGAACAGGAGCAAUGUGAUUACAGUCCAAAUUUUAUCCAUGAAAUACUCAAUGAAGUACAGGAAGGUGUGAACUCUGUCCACAGUGAUGCAAAAUGUUCUUUUAACAGAGAGUACAGCAUAGAUUUGUCUCUGUAUCUGUGCAAAAUGGCAGCAGAAAGGUUUAAAGUCAUGCAUGAAGCAUUCCAAAAGGCAAAUGACCCAGGUGAGUACCUGAGCAGCAAGAGGGAAGAUUUCUUCCAAUGCUUCCAGAUUUCCUGCCAAGGAGCCACUUCCAUCACAAAUUUUGCUGUUUUCCUUUGUAACAAGAUUGAACCGGCUCUUCGCCGGGCAGUCUAUGAGAGGACAUCUAAAGACAUUGCUGAGGACAUGCAGGGUAAAUUCCCAGAUUUCCAAGGCAACAGAGCCAAUCUGGAAGUUUCCAUCCUGAGAUAUCUGGCAGAACAAGAAAAUUUUGAGUAUUUCAAGCAGUACCUUGAGUUUCCAAAGGAGUUUUUUCAGAAAUACCUUGAGACACGAGUGGAGAGUUACUGUUUAGAUGGGAGUAGGAGGCUGGAGAAAUUUUUAGAUUCCUCCCUUAAUCUUCUCUAUCGAAACAUCUUGUCAGCUGUUGCUUUAUCAACCCAAAUUGUCAAAGACAGAAAAGACAGAGAAGACAAAGUCUCUCUUUGGCUGGAUGAAUUUUGCAGGGAACUGACAGAAGUGAUCAGCUUGCCCAGAAGUGACCUGAAGGGCCUUGAGCACCAGGAGGUCACAGACAUUGAGUUCCUGAGCAGUGCCAUGGCAGAAGCUCUGGCUGCCCUGAGGGACAGGCUCAUGAAAGAAUUUGCUGUUGCUGAUAUGAGCUCAUUUUCAAGACAGCCUCACACCAUCCUGGCAGAGCAGUUUUCAGGGUGCUGGGAACAGUGUCCCUUUUGUGGGGCUGUCUGCACAAACACCAUGCAGGGACAUGAUGGAGACCAUCAGCGGGUCUUCCAUCGCCCACGAGCUUUUGUGGGAGCCAAGUGGCGUAAGACAGACCACCUGGUCAUUGAUAUUUGUUCCAGCCUUGUUGCAAGUGAUGGCUUCUUCAAAGUUGCUGACAGUAAAUGGAUCCCCUACAAGACAUACCAUGAUGCUGGAACCCGUUUUUCCACUUGGAAAAUUCUUCCUGAUUCCUCCAUGCAGGCGUACUGGAAAUGGUUUGUGUCUCAUUUCAGGACACAGCUGGAAGCUUUGUACAAUGGGAAAUUUCAGGGUAAAGGAGAAAUCCCUGUGGCGUGGCGGAGAAUUACCAAGAAGGAAGCACUGUCCGAGCUGGACAGGCGUUAGGUGACAUCCAUGGGAAGGAAGAACCACAGCAGCUUUGCAGCUUAGGAGAGCUUUGUACCAGGGUCUCCACAAAAUGCAGUUCUGAUGAUGAUGCUUUCAAGCCCAAUGAAGACAAUGGUAUCCAAUUGCUCCGAAAUUUGGUAAAAUAAGGCACAUUGCUGUGCCUGUCACUCAGCAACUCUCUCGCUUCAUGAUUGUUGGGCACUAGAUUUGAUUAUUUUUUUACUUAUAGAACUUUCCCCCUAUAAUUUGCUUGGAAAUGAACUACUGUCCACUUGUAGGUACUUAAGCAGAACAAUGGGGCCAAAGGAGAGGAGAUGUAGCACUGGGCGACAGGGGUUUUUUUGGGUUUCAGGAGUUUCUUGGGCUGGGGCAGCUGCUUGCUUUUGCUCUCAGCUUUUCGGAGGGAAGACGGCCAGGCUGCUGCUUGGGAAAAAGGACUUGCUCCUGCUACAGAGGUGCAGCUUGGUCCUGUUUCUUCUGGUGUGAGGUGAGCCUCUGCUCCUGGUGUUAUGAACGAAUUCUCAGUGAGUGUGGAUGCUCCAAAGGCUGCCCCUGUGUAGCUGCCGUAGCUCAAGAUGUGGCGGGGUUAUGUCUCCAGAACUCCUGAGACUGCUGCCGCUGCCCCCAGCCCUGACAGAUCUGCUGCCAGGCCCCCGCCACGAUAGGCAGGGCCCUGCCCUGGGGAGAUGCCUUGGCGACCGCCCGGAGCCGCUGCAGCUGCUGGUGUUGUGGCCCCUGCCCCUGGGAAGCGGGGGAGUGCCGAGCGUGGUUCUGUGGAGCUCUGGAGGGGGCAAUGGGAGGUGCCGGUGCUCCGGCGCCUCAGACACAGGUGACCUCCUGUCCCUGGUGGGGCUGGGCAGCCAUCCUGUCGGUUCUGCAUUCCUGCAUUAGCAUGUAAAAGCAAGGUGAUUGUCCUAGCUGUGCCUACAGUAAUCGGAGCUUACCUAGUUCCCCUCCCAUGCUGCCCACUUGAGGAGGGCAUAUGCAAAUAAGACGAACACACAGCACGCUGGGAGAGAGUUCUUUGGGAAUGAAAGGCACCCCAAAAUGGAAGAUUGGACACAGUGAAAAGAUCCAGGUGGUGCCCUGGCCGAGGAAGGAGUGGACGCAUUCCCCUGGCCUGGUUCGAAGACUCGCCAUAAUCUAUUAAAAGUCUGAAUGGAAUGGGAGCGGGACAGCUCAAGUGACUGAGACAGAGAGCGGCAAACUCUCAAGGUUUUUCUCUGAGGGUAAAAAGCUGAUGUCUGCUGCUUUGCACUCCAGUGACAGACCUCCAUUGCUCUGCCUCCUGAAGGUUGACCAGAAAGAGCUUCCAGCUGUUCCCAUGGGAACAAGGACUCGGCACCUACUGCUGGCAGCUGAGUGAUGAACUGGGACAGCACCUGCUCCUUUGGAUUGCAACAGGGGCAUGAAAAACUCCUGUCGGACCCUACCAUCCAGCUGAUGACUUUAAUAAAGAGCUGAUCACUGUAAUAAAGAGCUGAAUAUUAAUAAAGGCAUAAGCCCUGUUCUUUUCACUGGGAGCAGCCACUGAACUGGGACCAUGUCAUCUCCUGCCUCACUAAAAGAGGGGCCUGUUGUCCCACGCCCCUGCUGCUUCUUGGGCACUGCUCUGAGUCUUUGUCACUGCUCUGUGGCCUGCACCCCCUGCCUGCCAACACCUCCCGCGUCUUCAGCCACAGCUCUGGAGUUCCUGAUCCAGCUCUUCCAUCCCUUCCCGUCUGGGACAAAGCCGCCAUAACCGCGUGCUCCCCGAGCCAGUGCCACAGCGCCCUCUGCAGCUGCGGAGGGAUCAUCGCACCUGCCCUGCCCACUGGGUGCCACCAGCGUCCCUGCCGGCUGUGACCAGAACUGCACCAAAAGCGAAAGUGCCUGUGGUCAGGGAAGCUGGUACUGGGUUCCUGGUUCUGUUUAUUAUUAAUGCUGUAGUUGUUGUUAGUUUGCCUUGUUAGACAAACUAGUAAAAAACGGGUAUUCCUACCCCCAUCUCUUUGCCUGAGAGCCCUCUUCAUUUUCAAAAUUAUAAUAAUUUGGAGGGAGGGGGUUUGCGUUCUCCAUCCCAAGGGAGGCCCUGCCCUGCCAAGCAGACACCUGUCUUUCAAACUAAGACAAUGAUAAAACCAGAAUUAUCUUGCCCUCUUGCCAUAAACAUUUCCCUCUGCUUUGUCCUAGAGCCAACCCAACUUCCCCCCUCUGGAGGCAAUCAGCCUUGUGGCCAAACCUGAGCCAAAUGGCAAGGGCAAGGGCAAAGGGAGCACCCCAAGCACCCCUUGCAUCAGCUGCUGUGAGACAAGAAGGGACAGUGCCCCUUUAUCCUGCAGUUUAUCCUGCAGCAAGGAGGUGUCCUGCUCAGAGAAAGGGCCGUGGGACCUGAGGCCAGCUCCAUGCUGGCUGCAAGCUGUUCUGCUUGGUUUUGGGUGUCAUCCUUGCCUCCCUGACUGCAGCCUCCUGGAUCAGGUGGGGCUGUUCUCCCACAGGAGCUGUUGUGCCUCUGGGCUCAGGAAAGGAGUGACACAACCACCCCGGGGCUCAGGCAGCGCUUUCACUCCCUGUCUCCGAGGUGCUGUGUCUCUGUCCAGGGCAGCUGCUCCUGCUCAGGUGCCUGGGGCUGCUGCCCUUCCCUCCAGCCCUCAGCCCCGGCAGGAGCUGCUCCUGCCCUUGGCCUCACUGCUGAGCAAAAGCCUUUGGAAUGCCCCAUGUGGAGAAUCCUGUCUGCCAGCACCUUCUGCAGCAGCUCUGGGGCAGUGCUGGUGCUGUCCAGGCAGGCUGGUGGCACCGGAGCCGUGCUCUGGAGAAGGUGGCACCAGCUGGCUCUGCCCCAGGGAGCUGUGGGGGCUUUUGCUGUGCAGGUGCUGCGACCCCACUGGCGAUGCGAGGGCCAAGCCCUGCUGGAGAGCUGGCUGAAGGGCUGCUCCAGCCUCAUCCCCUGCAGGCUCUGCUAAUAAAGGAGUGGAUUUGGACAGCGCUGCUCUGUGUCUCCUUUGUGUUCAGGGGAGCCACAGCUGGGGGUGACUUGAGCUCUGUGUGCUGCAGACAGGCAGGGGACAGGGGGUGGCUCUGGGGCAGGGGCUGUGGCAGCAGAGGCUCUGCUCCAUUCAGGGUCUCUGCUCCAGGAGCAGCUUCACUGUCUGCAGGGACAGCACAGAGGGCAGGAAGUCCCAAGCCACAACAUCCAGGGAAACCAAUGUCAGUGCCAGGUGCCAAAGAGGCAGCACUGGGAACCAAGCCUGGCCUGUCACACACACAGAGGGUUGAGAAGGUUGAUCCCAGUGAGGUUCUGUGCUCUGGAGCUGCUCAGCUGGGAACCUGUGGGACAAAAGGGGAACGGGCCCAAACUCUGCCCAGCUCAGCCCUGGCCAAGCAGACCCAGAGCCAGUGACAGGAGCCAGAGCUGGGCUGUGUGAGCGUGUGCUGCAAGGGGUGAGUGCCAGGGACUAGGGACAGCUGGGCUGGGAGGGGAUUUGGG